AUGUCAAAGUGGAGUGUUAUUUUGCUCUUCAUUGGGCUGUUCGUGGUUAGUGAUGGAUCUCCGCUGUCCCAUGAAAGCUCUGAUUCGGGCGAAGUAGAUACAACGGGCUAUUCGUCUUUUACGUUGAAUCUACAAUUAAAAUGCAAAGAAAAUGCUGGCUCCAACGCCGCGUUCUGGGCAGUAAUGGAAUCCGUAGAGAAAACUUCAAUAUGUUUGUCUGAAUUCAAAACAGUAAGCGAGAAUUUAAAAAGAGAUUUCAAUCAGAUGACUAACGAAACACGAACAGCAUUCUUUACCAAAUACUGUUCUGCAGCACGGUCGGCCCUUCCUUGCUUUGAUGAUGUGCAGGCUACUUUGAGAACAUGUCUCAAAGAGCGUGGCUUUAAAAUUCUGAAGGUCGUGUACAACGUUUUUCCGAAAGCCCUGAACUAUGUGUGUAAAAACGAUGGAGAAAUAAUAUACAAACUGAAAGAUCCGACACGCCACGAUUGCCUCACGCAAAAGUUUGAUCAAUUGUCGGAGUGUGCCAGAACGGUCAAGAGGAAUUUGAAUUUCGAUGGGGAUAUUACUGAACUGACGAAGGAUCAAUGCAGCAUACUUACGACCUACAGACAAUGCUUGAAGGACACAAUGGACACUUGUGACUUGUCAGACAUUGUAAGCAUCUAUGAUAUGAUCAUGAAUCCUGUACUGCGCCUGUCGCCUUGUGCCAACAAUACCGAGGAACAAAAGGAUGAAUCCCAUCAGGACAACGCGAAUAAUGAUGUUUUAAACGGAGACGAAAAGGUGUAG